AGGGGCGCCCCGUGUGUGCUUGUGUGACGUCACGGAGCGUUCACAAAACCUGCUGAAGCUCCCGUCACCUCCUCAGUUGUGGUGGUGAACGGCAGUAGUGACGGAACAACAGAUUUUUCUCGCCAGUUUCCAGAGAGAGAGAGAAAGAGAGAGAGAGAGGGAGAGAUGAAGGCACAGAUGUUGGUGGUGAUGGUGGUGGUGGUGCUGGCGGUGGCUGGGCAAGCCCAGUCUGAACCCCAACACCAGCACCAGCCGCAGCACGAUCCCCAGCAGCAGCAGCACCACGAGCCCCAACACCAGCACCAGCCGCAGCACCACCAGCAGCACCAACAACCCCACCAACAGCAUCAGCAGGGGUGUCCCGAGACAUGCUCAGAUGUAUUCAACCCCGUGUGUGGGAGCGACGGCCUCACCUAUGACAACCUGUGCCUCCUGCAACACACCAGGUGCACCGACCCGGAACGUGCACAGCUCACUCUGGUCACCGUAUCAGAAUGUGGAAACCAGAUAUGCCCCGGGGAAUGCACGCAGGAUUACAACCCAGUGUGUGCCAGCGACGGUGCCACGUAUGACAACCUGUGCCUCUUCCUGGACGAACGGCGCUGCGACAACCACAACUUGACCAUCGUGAGAUAUGGCGCGUGUGAGGGCAACCAGCACCAGGACUGCCCCGGGGUGUGCACGUCUGAGUUCAACCCCGUGUGUGGCAGCGACGGCCAGACGUACAGCAACCUGUGUCUCCUCACCGCCGCCAUGAGGUGCACCGACCCGACCCUCACCGUGAUCAGCCAGGGCUCGUGUGGUCACCACCACCAACAGCAGCAGCAGCAGCAGCAGCAGCAACAGUUAUUGGAGCUAAGCCAGCUACACCCGCAGCAGCAGCAACAACAACAACAACAACAACAACAACAGUUAUUGGAGCUAAACCAGCUACACCCGCAGCAGCAGCAACAACAACAACAACAACAACAACAACAGUUAUUGGAGCUAAACCAGCUGCAGCCGCAGCAGCAGCAGCAGCAACAACAACAACAACAACAGUUAUUGGAGUUAAACCAGCUACAGCCGCAGCAGCAGCAGCAGCAGCAGCAGCAACAACAACAACAACAGUUAUUGGAGCUAAACCAGCUACAGCCGCAGCAGCAGCAGCAGCAGCAGCAGCAACAACAGUUAUUGGAGCUAAACCAGCUGCAGCCGCAGCAGCAGCAGCAACAACAACAACAGCAACAGCAACAACUACUACUCCCGGAGCUACUGCAGCUAAGCCAGCAGCAGCAGCAGCAGCAGCAACAACAGUUGCUGGAGCAAUUAGAACAGUAUCAGUUGCUACAGCAAAACCAGCAGCAGCAGCAUCACCUUCUACUCCUGCAGCAAAACCAGCAACAUCAACGAAAUCGACAGGAGCUGCAGCGCCUCCUGCUGCUGCAACAGAACCACCAACAGGAACAAACCCAACAACACCAUCUGACUCAGCAGCAGAUGCACCACCUCCUGCUGCAACAGCAACACCAGCAACAGCAGCAGCACCGACAACAGCUGCAGCAGCUCCUGUUGCUGCAGGUAAUGCAGCAACCGCAACAUGACCAACUGCAGCAGCUGCAGAAUCAACAACAGCUGCAGCAGCUCUUGUUGGAACAGCAAGACCAGCAGCAGCAGCAACACAGAGAUCAGCUGCAGCAGCUCCUGUUCCUACAGCAAAACCAGCAGCAGCAGCAGCAACAGGGCCAGCAGCAGCAGCAACAGCAGCAGCAGGUGCUGUUAGGAGAGGGUGUGGCACUACAACAAAGCCAGCAGCAGCAACAACAGCAAAAUCAGCAACAGGGUCAGCAGCAGCAGCAGCAGCAGCAGCAGGUGCUGUUAGGACAGGGCGCGUCACUACAACAAAGCCAGCAGCAGCAGCAGCAGCAGGCGUUUGGACAACAGAAUGAGCUGCCCCAGGAUGUAUUACUGCAACAAAGUCACCUGGAGCAGGGCGUCUCACUACAAAGUCCGCUGCACCAGGGACUGCAACAAAACCACCACCACCAACACCACCACCAGGAAUUGGUGAUACAUGAAGGCCAGCCGCAGCAUGGCGUGUCAGUGCACAACCAGCUGGAGUGCCCGGGCAUCUGCACGCGGGAGUACGUGCCGGUGUGCGGCAGUGACGGCAAGACGUACGGCAACCUGUGCACCUUCCUGGUGCAGCAGCGGUGCACCGACCCCUCACUCUUCCUCGUCAGCCUGGGAGAGUGUGUCGACCAGUACGACUGCCCCGGGGUGUGCACGCUGGAAUACAACCCUGUGUGUGGCAGCGACGGCAAGACCUACGGGAACCUGUGUCAGCUGGUGGCCGAGAGGCGCUGCACCAACCCACACCUCAGGCUGGUCAGCUACGGCGAGUGUGGCAGCAACCCCCACCAGUGCGGCGCCAUCUGCCCGGGCGAUGAAGAGCCUGUGUGCGGAAGUGACGGCAUCACCUACAGGAACUUGUGUCUCUUUGAGGAGGAGAGGCACUGCAGGAACCACCUUCUAUUCAUCGUGACCUUGGGCGUGUGUGGAGGAGACCACCAGUGCCCCGGAAUUUGCACAGAGGAAUACGACCCGGUGUGUGGCAGUGACGGUAACACCUACACAAACCUCUGCUACCUGGAGGAGGAGAAGCACUGCAGGAACCCGCACGUAACACUGGUCAAACAUGGCGUGUGUGAAGUCGGAAAGUGCGUGGAGGGAUGCACCAGGGAACUGAGGCCCGUGUGUGGCAGUGAUGGUAACACGUACGGCAAUCUGUGUCUGUUUGAGGCGGAGCACUGCAGGAACCCACAUCUCAUGCUCGUCAGUCAAGGCCCCUGUGCUAGUAUCCCCACACCGGUUCCUGAGUGUGAUAUCGCGUGCACCCUUCAGUAUGACCCCGUGUGUGGCAGUGACGGCGUUACCUAUGCCAACCUGUGUCUCCUGAUGGCGCAGCAGAAGUGCCAUGAUCCAGAACUGAGAUUCGUGAGGCAGGGAGAGUGUGAAGCUUCCCCCAUUGAGAAGUGCACCGGAGCCUGUACUCUGAUCUAUAACCCGGUGUGUGGCACUGACGGCGUGACCUACGGGAACCUGUGCCAGCUGAAACUAACAAGGAAGUGCCACAACCGGCGUCUCCGCUUGGCGCAUCGAGGGGAAUGCAGGCUGGUUCCCGGGUCGUGUCCCGUGAUGUGCCCCUCCCGAUAUGAACCAGUCUGCGGUAAUGACGGCAGGACUUACGCCAACGCCUGCCAGCUUGCGAAGUUUGCCUGCGAGAGAAAAGAUCUGAGACUUGCAAGAGACGGAAGAUGUCCCCACCACUAGAGAGAGAGAGAGAGAGAGAGAGAGAGAGAGAGAGAGAGAGAGAGAGAGAGAGAGAGAGAGAGAGAGAGAGAGAGAGAGAGAGUUUGUGCGUGUGUGCGUCUUCAUUAUCUGUCUUUUCUUCCUUCCUUUUCUUUCUCAUUCAUCUUUCCUUCUUCCUUUUCUGUCCAUUUUGAGAAAGAGUGUGUUUGUUUGUGUGUGUGUGUCUUCCUUUAACUGUUUUCCUCCCUUCCUUUCUUCUUGUUCAUCUUCUUUUCUCUCUUCUUGCUUGUUUUCUGCUUCUUCCUCUCUUUCGCUUUAUUUUUUGUCUCCUCUUCCUUUUUUCCUUCCUUCCUCUGUCUCUACACUUUUCGUUCUUCUCUUCCUUCUCUCCUUCAUUUUCUUUCUUUCUUCAUCAAACUCUUUAUUAUUUUCUUCACCUUCUUAUCCCUUUUUCUCUUCUAUUCUUUUUUUCCUUCUCCUCUAUGUCUCUCUCCUACCUUUCACAUUAUUCCAUCUUGUCUCUCAUUCCUUCCUCUCUUCCUUUCUUUUUCUUCUCUCGUUCCUUUCACUCUCUCUCUCUCUCUCUACCUAUCUAUCUAUCUCUCCUUUAUUAUAAGCUUUCAUAUUAUCUAUUUUUAAUUUUUUUAUUCCUCAUUUCGCUAAUUUUAAGUUUUGUUGCUUUCUCUUCACUUCUUCCUCAGCUUCUGUGCUAAAAUUGUAAACAGAAUGCAAAAUGUUUCGUUCAGAUGUGAUGCAAAGGAGUGAAGGAUUGUGAAAAGUGUCUUAGCAAUGUGUGUCAAAGUGUUUCGUUCAGUGGGGUACAUGUUGCAACUAAGUGCCAAAUUGUUUCGUUUAGAUAGAAGGUUAGAAGUGAGUGAAAUAUUGUGAAAAAUGCACGUAAAUCUUCAUUAGGAUGUACAGUGGAAGUGUCACUCGUUUGCCAGAAUGUUUCGUUCAAAUGUACCACAAAAAUAAGCGAAAAAAAGUGGUAAAUUUUGCAGCUACGAGAUGAAAAUGCUGGUUGGAAAUGCCAGACAAGUUUGCCAAAAUAUUCCGUUCAAAUACGCCAAAAAUGAGCGAACGAGAGUGAUAAAUGCAGCAGCUAAGUGUUAAAAAGUCUGUGUGUGUAAAUGUUUCGUUCAGAUAUCCCAGCAGUGAGCGAGAAAGUGUGAAAAAUGUUGCUCCUUCAUUAAUACCACACUUGCGUACCAAACCAAGUCCUUCUGGUGCCCCAAUGCAAUUCAGUUCCACUCGAAAAUUAAUACGAGUGAGUUUGAUCCAUUACAGCACCAAUAACAUCAAAACCUUCCAUCAAAAUACCGUUAACACCAUCAAUAACUUUAAUCCUAACCCUUUCAGUACCAUUAAUUACUUUAAUCCCACAGAAAAUAUCAAUAAACAUAAAAAAAUAAUCACAAAAUUCAUCCGUGCGUUUGAGCCAGUAGAAUAUCAAUAACAUCAAAACCUUCCAUGAAAAUAACCGUUAACACCAUCAAUGACUUUAAUCCUAACCCUUUUAGUACCAUCAAUUACUUCAGUCCCCCAGAAAAUAUCAAUAAACAAAAAAUAAUCACAAAUUUCAUCAGUGAUAUUUAAGUUUGUUUUAUUCUUCAAAUUUCGAUUAUUCUCUUCAUUUUUAUUCUUCAAAUUUCGAUUAUUCUCUUAAUUUUUCCUUUGUGACUGACGCUUUAAGUUUUUUUUUUUUUUUUUUCCCGGUAUUGAUUCCCUUGGCCAGUGAUCCCGUUACGUAAAAAAUAACAAAUAAAUAAGUUCGCAGUACCACCUAGUCUAAAAUAUUAUCAGUAACAUCAAAGUAUCAAUAACUUCACUCCAAAAUUAUUUCGGCAGCAUCAGUUUAAGUCCAAAAUAAAUAAAUAAAUAAAUAAAUAAAUAAGAUAACCAGCUACAUCAAAAUCUCUCGCUAAAAUUUCAAUAAUGUCGAUAAUUUUUCCCGCCCACCAAUAGAAAACGGUGACUUGUACCAAAACAAUUUUCACAUUUAUUUUUUAUUUAUUUAUUUUUUUUCAUGGAACGGUAUUUGAACGAACUGUAUUGAUUUUUUUCUUUUUAUAUUCUUUUUUUCGUCUUUUUUUUAUUAUUAUUAUUGUUAUUAUUUGCUUUCUUUCUUUUUUCCUCCUUGUUUAAUAUUUUUCCUUGUUUUCGUCUUUUUUUAUAAUUUUUUUUUAUAAUUUUUUUCUAUUUUCUUCCUUCUGCUUACUUUUUUUCAUCAAUUUUAUCUUUCGCCUCUUUCAUUUUCCUUCUUUUAUCUCUCUUCCGUCUUUCAUUUUAUUAUUGUUCUCUUUUCCAUCUUCCGUUUUAUAAUUUUUCCUCUUUCUUUUAAUCAUCUUUCUCUUUCUGUCUUCCUUUUAAUAAUUUUUCUUUUAUUUCCGUCUUUCUUUGCAUAAUUUUUCCUUUUUUUUCGUCUUUUUGAUCAAUUUUAUCUCUUUUCGUCUUUCCUUUCAUAUGUUUUCCCCUUUUUUUCUUUUCUUUUCUAUUUUUUACCAUUUUUAUCUAUUAUUUUUCUUGAGCUGCUCCCCGUGACAGGCAACCAGACACAGCAGCUACGAGAGAAAACUUCAAUAAACACAACAAAAUAUUAAAAUACAAAGGGUAAUAAAUGAGAGUUUUACAUUUUA